ACUGCCGUUGUACAUGUAUGUGCACUAUAUAGGACUGGUUUGUUUUAGUUUCACUUUUGUUUAAGGUGUAUGUGUUUAUUUUUUGGGGGACAUUUAUUGUUUUCUUGCUUACUGUUAAAAAGUUUUUCACCAAGUGUUUUAUUCACACACGGAUCACCGCACAGGUUUAUUACGGAUUAAUUUUAGCAUUGGUUUUUAUGUGUUUUGGCGAUGUUGACGUGUAACGGACACGCGCCGCAUCCUUUCGUCCAUGAAGUGAGUCUGUCAAGAGUUCAGCGGAUUCGGGGAAUCAUUCUGGGCUCCGUUCUGUUUCCCGUCCGCAUUACUCUCGCCACACUCUUCUUCCUGCUCGCGUGGGCCUUUGCUCGACUGGGAUUGGCCGGCCUCUCCGACAGCGAGAGGGCGGAGCCUGUGAAGGGCUGGCGUCGGUGGCUCUUCCAUCACAUCAUCCUCUUCCUCAGCCGCGGAGUCUUCUUCUCUGUGGGUUUCUUUUGGAUUAAGGUCAAAGGGCGUCAGGCGGGGCUAAAGGAAGCUCCCGUGCUGGCCGUGGCACCUCACAGCACUUUCCUGGAUAUGCUGGUGUUGUGCGCGACUGGUCUGCCGACUGUAGUGUCCCGAUCGGAGAACACCAAACUACCCGUUAUAGGAGCACUUUUAGAGUUCAAUCAGUCGGUGAUCGUGAGCAGAAAAGACCCUGAGUCCAGAAAGAAAUGUGUGUCUCAGAUCCGAGAGCGCGUCACCUCUAAUGGCCGCUGGCCGCAGAUGUUGAUGUUUCCAGAAGGGACGACGACUAAUGGACGUGCCCUGAUCAAAUUCAAACCUGGUGCCUUCCUGGCUGGCGUUCCCAUCCAGCCCGUGCUGCUUCACUAUCCCAAUAAACCGGACACCGUUCGCUGGACUUGGAAAGGAAUAACUUGGUUUGAAGCUCUGUGGCACACGACCUCUCAGCUCUACACCAGCGUUACUGUGGAGUUCCUGCCCGUCUACACGCCAUCACCGGAAGAGCAGGAGAACCCGGACUUGUACGCGGAGAACGUACAGAAACUCAUGGCCACAGCUCUGGAUGUUCCUGCCACGGAUUAUGUGAUGGAGGGCCGUUUCCCUGUUCAAAAGCUCGGCAACAUCUCCCUUCCACUGGAGCCGCCUGCUCAAGAAACCAUUCGACUGCUGCUCCAGCAUGGUCUCUGUAGCGCUCGUAUAGAAACUGUGAUGAACGGCAUGAUUGACAGCUGUCACUCUGGGCAGAGCACCAUGGUAACCGCAGAUCACCUGACGGCUCUUUUGGGACUCGCUGACGAAAAGGCGGCAGUAAAGAUCUGCUCUCUCUACUCAAAGGAUGAAUCCGUGGACUUGAAACGGCUUUGUUUGAGUGUGUCCGCUAUAUCUGGACUCAGAAGUCUGCCGUCGCUCGUACACACUGCGUUCAUGUGGUACGACAGCGACCGCGACGGAUUGCUGAGCGCUGAAGAUCUGUGUGGCCUGAUGGGGGCGCUGGUGGGCGUUCCACAGUACGAGAUUGCAGAGAUGUACUCUGCGCUGACCAACAGGGGGCGACCUACAGAAGCAUCACUCCAAGACCUCUUGAUGACGCAUCCGAUCUAUCGUACGCUCCUCCCCAUUCUCUCCGCUCGGAUGCGUUUGUGACCGCUGACGGGAUUCUGAACGCCAACGGCAACAACGGAAUGUCUCGGACUAACGUUAGAGCUCAAGGUUUGAAUUGGUCAGUUGCUGUAUCGCAGUACUCGUGACGAGUGUUUGCGAUGUACUUCUGCCGUCUGUAUCAUGUCACCGAUGUUAACUAGCAUGUGUGUUAGCGUGUGCUUUGGACUAUCCCUCAACAGUCUCCAUGUGUUACAGAGUGUGUGGGGAGUUUACAUGAGAAUAUUGCUGCGAGAGAAAGUGUUGCUAAAAAUGUGCCUUGCAAUAAAUACUUGUUAUUUUAUUUUAAAUGAUGUUAGAAGGAUGUGUACAUAUAUUUCUUGUUAUUUUUAAGCUAUAUUUAAUUGAAAAGCAAAUCACUUUUGUAUCACGGAAGCACACUGUCAUAUUUUAUACUAUAUAAUAUAUUAAAGUUUCUUAAUCGGUCCCCUGUGGUCCGGUCUCAUAUUGUGUGUAUGUAGGCUGCUUUGAGAGUUUCUGGGAUUUUCACACACUACAGUCUCUAUAAUUUACUCUGGUGCCAAAC